AUGGACGACAGAAGACAGAAAACCAACAGUGAAAAGCUUCGUGUUGUAGUGAUGGGAAGUCCAGGAGUCGGCAAAAGUCAAAUGAUAUCAACAUUAAUUUCAAAACAAAACGUCAGUGGCCUUCCCCACAAUAUAAAGGACUACUACCAGCACACCUUCGAUGACAAAGGCGGCAGUAUCAAUCUAGAGAUUCUGGAUACAGAAGGUGACCAAUGCUAUCCAGGGCUCCGGAGGCUGACUAUAGCAACGGGGGAUGCCUUUAUUCUGAUGUAUGCCAUCAAUGACCGGGAAUCGUUCCAUGAACUCAACUACUACAGGGGUAUGAUAGAGGAACGCAAUGGACUGGGGAAGACGCCGAUCAUGGUUGUGGCCAACAAAGUCGACAUGAAACUUGUGAGAGAAGUUCCUGAUCGAAAUACCACAGAGGACAUCGUAACAAAAGACUGGGAACACAUGUUUAUGUCAGCUUCUGCUCUGGACGACGUCAGUGUGAAUGAAGUGUUCAGAGAACUGGUUCGUCAAUCGAAAGCUGUAUACAAGGAGAGAUUCCCUUGCACUGAGCCGAGAAGAAUGACAACUCCCAAAUCUCUCCUUAAACAUCUGCGUGACAAAUAUAAACUCCGAAAGCAAAACUCCAUGUAG